CUGCGGCGCCGAUGCCACUCGUACUGCGCUUACCAACCGACCAGCGCGCUUCCAAACAUUUCAAAUACGAAUUCGAAAAUCGAACGCGAACGGACGAUGACAUAUUGAUUUUUUAAUUAAAAAAUAAAAAGGCAUAGACAAUGUGGUUACUUUUUUUAUGCGUGGUCGCGGGCGCGGCGCUGCACGCGGAGGGCGCCGGCGCGGGCGCAGCGCGGCUCGUUUGCUACGUGGAAAGUACGCACGCGUCUGAAUUUUCCGAGUGCACACACCUCGUGUACGCGGGCGACGCGCGAGGUGAAAAGCUGGACAACUUGCUGAGAGAGUACAGGAAGAGCAAUCCCAGGCUCAAGAUCAUACUUCGAGUCUCCGAAGUAGACAAGGAUCUGCGCCCGCUUCUGAAAUCCAAACACGUCCAGGGUUUGGAGAUCCACGAUGCUCACCGCACUCUCAAUAGAACAAAAGUCACAGAGCUGGUGGAGUCAGCUCGUUCCGCCAUCAGCACCACUGGCGGCGGACCCUUGUUCCUAGCACUACCUGCUCAUCCUGAACUCCUGGCGAAGUACUACGAUCUUAGAGAGCUGGUGAAGAAGACUGAUUUGAUGAUAAUUCAGACACAUGCUUUAGGCUUGGUGAAGAAGAUGACUUAUCAUCCCAGUCGACUCAGUGGUUUGUGGGACAUGAUGAACACUGAUUCAGUGGUCGAUUUAGUGGUUGGUCUUGGUGUGCCAUCAUCCAAAGUGGUGAUCAGUUUACCAGCGACCGCCCGUCAGUUCACACUCCUCAACGAGACCUUGAGUACUCCUGGCAGUCCAACGUUGGAUGAUGAGCCCAAAGAGAUAGACCAGGCCGAGCUCUGCAGGCAGUUGCAAAAAGGAAGAUGGACAUUGGAAAGGGACCAGGAUUUAUCCGCUCCGUAUGCUUUCAAGAACACCACUUGGAUAUCCUUUGAAGAUGCAUCGUCAGUGGACGUGAAAGGUAAAUACGCCCGUGUGAGGGGUCUAGCUGGACUGGCGCUGCAUAAAGCUGACAAGGAUGUAGACACGCCGUGUGGACCUACGCUAAGGGCCAGCUUAACUAAGGUCCUGAACCAGCAGAGUCGGGCACCCAGAGCUGCUGUGCUUAGGUCUCUGGAGAACGAGAUCCUGUCAGCAGGUCAGGGCCGGCCUCUUGACGCGCUUCAAGUAUCUCCCUACCGUAUCACGCAGAUCGUAGACUCGGACGGCGUCAUUCACUCCAUCAGAGAGGACACAAGAACUGAAUUCUCUUGCUCCCGCCAAGGUUACUUUGUACACCCUCGCUCCUGCGCCAGAUUCUACCGCUGCGUGAAGUUUGACCAGUACUCGGCUGAUUACACGGUGUUUGAGUUCGACUGUCCUACUGGUCUGGCGUUCGACGCGCGCUACGAGGUGUGCGUGUGGCCGGGCAGCCUGGCGCACUCGCAGGCCUGCCCCGGCACCGCGGAGAUAGCGCCCGUACCGCGCACCAGGUUCAUCUGUCCCGACGCUGAAGGUUACUAUGCGGAUCCUGAGAACUGCCGAUGGUUCUUCGCAUGCUUAGACCAUGGCAAAGCGCCACUAACCGCGUAUGAAUUCCGCUGCCCGUUCGGGCUGGGCUUCGACGCAGCGCGGCUCAAGUGCGACUGGCCCUGGCUGGUGCCCGGCUGCGGGAACAUAGCCAGAUACGAGGCCGAGGCAUAUGGCUUCUCUGCCGCCACGCUCACUGGUGCUCUAGGGUUCCAGGGCAAGACGGCCGAUGCCGUGAACAUUGCUGCCCAUCAGAGUCUGGCCUCCGGAGCGGCGCUGGACAACCUGGUCGGCCUGCAAGGCGGCUUCCUCACCAACGGGGACGCCAUCGACACCAACUUCAUCACCUCACAGGAACUCGAAGGAGGCGCCAGCAAUGGACACGAAUAUAUACUAACGAACGACGCUUCAAGUCUAGUCGAAAAUGUUAUUAAAUAUAAUGGCGAACAAGCUAACCUAGGUCUCGUACAAGCUACUAAAUAUAAUGAUGGACCAGAAUAUACCAGCGGAUCUAUCAUCCUGGACGACUACAGGCUGCCGAGCCAGAAAACUGGCGCUAGUCAAGCGCGGCUACAGAAUGUUGGCGCAACUGCAUCGUACGCCCAGAGCACAGGUGUCACCAGCUCCGUCCGUAAGAACACCGGCAAGUAUGACGCCAGAUACAACACUGGCUACUACAAACCGCAACAGUUAAGCGGCGCCCGCUUUAGUGAUGGCAAAUACAGGCCCUCCAACACAGGAAAGUAUGUCCACGAUCCUACUGGCGACCGCGCUCUGCCUUAUAACCACGUCGCCUCACCUAUCGUUCCCUACAAGCAUGUCGAUUAUGGUUAUACGGUGACCAAAGGUUUCGAUGUCGGAAAAUACAACGGAUCCUGGUCGUAUACUGAUAGUGGUGACAAGGCAUCCGAUGGAUACUAUUACAACAAACCUACGGGACCCGCCUUUGAGGAAGGAGGAUAUAACACUGGAUAUACAGGUACAUACAACAUUAAUGGAUAUGUGGGCACCACCGACGAUUCUGGAGCCUACGAUCAUAGCAGCGCAGGCCAUACACUAACCGCAGGUGCAGUAAAUGUCGGCCUUGUUGGUAAAACGACGCUAGUCGAUGUCGGAUAUACUGGAGAUGACUAUGAAAAUGUGAAAACAGGACAAGUCUCGUAUGUAUCGCAACCCGGAGUAACCAUAAAUCAUGUCGGAACCGAUCUUCAUAAUUUAGAUGGCUACAGUUUCGCUACAAACCCUACCUCAUCUGGUAUUCCAACCACCGCCACUCCAUUCGCUGUUACAACAGCUUUGCCGACGGUCACGACAUUUAAAACUACUUACGUUCCUUUAGCGCCAAAGACGAGCAUUAAACAAAUAUUUACGGUCACUCCUGCGCCCGUUACAUUUGUUACUCCCAAAGUGGAAGUUACCGAUUACAAUUUAAAUACCAAUUAUCAAAGCGAAAUUAAGGCUUCAACCGGUUAUGAUUACGCAAAACCUAGGAUUCCAUUUGAAGAAGGUAUAUCUUACACUACCGCUGCACCCGGUAUCGCAGUGUCUACAUAUAAACCUCAAGGAUUCAGCCACCAACAACAAACGAUCCACCACGUAGCGGCAGAUAUUUCCAGCUAUUCAACACCAGUGACCGAAGUACCUUUCAAGAAAUUGGUAGCGUAUACCACAACUGGACCGACCAUUUCUUCGUACUCACAAACACACGGACAACAGACAAACAGAUUUGGUUCUACUAAUGUAUUCUCGACAGAAACAGGAUCCACUGGCUAUAACCAGGGUGAGUCGACCGUAACAUUUGUACAACCCCAGAAUGUCGUUCAGUAUACGCAGACUUUACCGACAGCCAGUAUUCUACCCACUGUCUCCACAUACCAACCACAAACUUUCAGCCAACAAACACUUCAUAAGGUGGACGCGAGCAGAAUAAACGCAUUCGUACAAAAUGGAGAAGCUUCUUAUCAAUAUACAAAACCAACCGGCUAUGAUGGAUCGCGACAAACUGUUAUCCAGUUUACGACACCGACGCCAAUAGUCACUUCGACUUACAGACCGCAAGCGUUCAGUCAGCAGACUCUUCACAGAGUAGUCUCUUCAACAGUACGUCCAGUUGUUCGCAAGCAGUACACGUAUCAAACAACUCCUGUCACAUUGUACGAGAAUCCAAUUCUGAAGUACACUCAAAAAGUAUUUCCUCAAACAAUUGUUAGUUCCACUUACGCGCCGCAGACGUACAGCCAACAAACUAUACAAACAGGAGAAACUGCAAAGACAUUUGGAAUUGACGGUGGGUAUACCUACACAAAAUCUGGUGUCACCUAUCAACAGCCCCAAAAAGUGGUAGAGGUUUCUACCAUUCGGCCUGCUAUUGCUGUCCAACCUGUCGUUUCUACCUACCAACCACAAUCUUACAAUCAACAAACAAUCCAUAAAGUUGAUGCGGCGCAAAUAAAUACCUACACACAAGGUGCUGGAGUCAGUGGUUAUUUCAACACACAACCUAUUGUUACUUUAGAAGACACUGCCAAAACGGUGGUGGAAUCAUCCACUGCUGUACCUGUUGUAACAUCGACUUACAGACCAUAUACAGUAAGACAGAGAAUUCAAACUCAAAAGUUAAUUCCGGUUUCCACUACUCCACUUCCUAAGGUCGAAUUAACGUAUCAACCUUCGGUUACCAUCUAUGAGAAUCCUAUAUUGAAAUAUACACAGAAAGUCACACCAGUCACCUACGUACAGCCUACUGCAACAGUUUUUACACAAACGAUUAAACCAGUUCAACAGUAUCAGACAACCGGUCAAACAUAUAAUAAUUUGAAUGUAGACGUGAAGCAAGCAGGUUACACUUACAGCCAACCUGAAAUUCAAACUAACAUCGGUUCGUCAAAAGCCUACUCAGACGCCAGCGUUGUAUCCCGUCAAGAAUUCCAUCUAAACACCGGCAAUCAAUAUAGCUCAGGAAAAGACGUAGUAUUUGUUUCUACUACACCUUCCACUUUAGUUUAUGAAGAUCACUAUUCUACUAAGGAUAAUACACAAUCUACUGCAUAUAUCGCACCUGAAACUAAAUAUCAACGCACUUAUACUAGACCUACAGUUUCUGUUCCUGUCGUAAACGAGCAAAUCUCCACAAUCUACAAAACCCAAGACCAAUACGAUUACAAGCCUCUUGAAUUUUCACAACAAUACGAUAUCAGUCAAACGGUACCUGCACAAGUAUCCGUCAGCCAAACAACCGUAGAACUUCCCAGAAAGACUAUUUUCAAACAAACAGCUUACCAAGCUCCAGAAAUACAAGUAGCAUAUAAGGGAGAAGAUUAUCUACCACCAGUUGUUACAACAGUCACUCCUAUUGUGACCUCGACUUAUCAACCUUCCACUUACUCAACAGUUGGAACAUCACGGGAAUAUCUACCCGCUGUAUCAAAAACAACAUUUGAAUACAAUGGACCCGAAUAUUUACCUCCACAAACUACUGCUAAACCCACUACCAAGUCAAGGGAGUACUUACCUCCAGUAGCACAAACAGUAUUUGAAUCAAAAAUUACGAACACUCCUUACCAAGACUACAGUGUACCCCAAGACACCACCGUUGUAUCAUCCACUGCAACACCUACUUAUAGAAAACAGAACAUUGUCGUAGAGACCGCAAAAUCUCAAUUACUUGGUUUUGGUUCAGUUGGAACUGACGCAGGUUUAGUGACACCUGUAACUUACAGUACUGCAGCACCUGUUGUCGUAUCAAGUACUGAAAAUUAUUAUGUACAACCUAAAGUAGUCACUUCGACGUACGCACCGGAGUUAGUAGAAGUAACUUCGUCUGCACCUCGACGAAGCAGACCGAAAUAUUUCAGACCAAGUGUAACAUCUACUACACAAGCUCCCACUUAUGAAGACGCCAAAUCGACUACAGCUUAUAGAGGUCCAGAUUACUUGCCUCCUUCUGAAAAUAUUAACCAGAAGCUGGAAACCAUUGGGUUGACCAACGCAGACGUAUCAUAUUCCCAAAACUUAAAUGUUAACCCGUAUCAAGAAUAUACUAUUUCCGACGCUACUCCUGUUGUGAUAUCCUCAACUGCAGCACCUUUGAGGAAGCAGAAUAUAGUAGUCGAUACUGCCAAAUCUAACCUUCUCGGAUUUGGAACUGUUGGCCCGGACGCUGGAUUGGUAACCUAUACUUCAUCCCCAGCACCAAGUGUAGGAACUUACCAAACAGUUUCCUCUACAUACGCCCCAAUACAAGAGGAACUUGUUGACGUCACGCCAUCUCUUAUCCCAGUUCGGCGAACAAAACCCAAAGUUGCGGUUGUCACUAAAAUUAACGAUUUCAACCCACUUCUUGUAAGAAAAUUGGGUGCCGUCUGCAGCUGUCAGUCGCCUGUGUUAGUGCUCAAGGGUAGAAGACCAGCCGUGAAGCAACAAGAAGUCUAUACUAAUGAUUAUGACACUGUGACACAGUCAUCAAGGGUACAGACGCCGGUUGUAACCACUGUAGUCACUCCAACACCAGCGGUAACAUCUACUUAUAACCCGAUCAUAGUACCAGAUGAUUCAUUCUAUCAAGACUACCAAGAUCAAGCUAGCAACGACCAUAUAGCGAUUGUACCCAACGGCAACGACCACGGGAACUAUGUUUCUAGUACACCGGCUAUUAUUUCCACAACCGAGAAAGUCGUAAGAAUACGACCAAGAGUAAAGACUGUUACUGUUGCACCUACAUACAGGACUGUGUUGUUAAACGAGGAUGUAUCACCGACUGUCGAAAUCAAAGGAGCUGAAGUAACAACAGAUUCCCAAUCAUUUGAUAGAUACGGUCCUGGUGGAUGGCGAGGCAGAGACGAGACUUUGCAAGGUUCCGUCGAUUGUCAGAGAGCGGGUCUGUUCCGACACCCUAAACAAUGUAAUAAAUUCUACGCGUGCAGAUGGGACUGCACCAAGCAGCGGUUCACACUCCACGUCUUCAAUUGUCCCGUACAGCUCAGUUUCGAUCCUAACUUGGGUGCUUGCAAUUGGCCAAGCCAAGGACCCGCAUGCCAGGGCGAUACGCUUCUCACAAACACCAUUUAAAUAAGUUCCAUGAAAAGAUCAAAUUGAAUCUCGAUGUGCCAUCGAAAUUGUGAUAGCAUGUGAUCACACAUUAUUGUUUCAAAUCCUAAUUAUUUGACUUGCAAGUUGAGUUAUUUCUAUCUCUUUCUUUCUCUUAAUUCUUUAAGCUUAUUUAUUUUUUUGAUUUUGUUAAUGUUAUGUCAUAGUUAUUUAUUAAUCAUGUGCUCCUAAUAAAGCUUGCGCUCGCUAAAUAUUAUUCAUGAAAAUUCGGAAUUUUUGAUUGAACGUUAGUUACCAGUGCCUAGUUCAUGUAUGUUAUGUUUUGUAAUUGUCGGAUCAUACUUUUGUAUUUUUAUAAAUUAAUGAAACAACACGCUGUAAAUAUAUCAUUUUAUUCAUUAACAAUGUGAGUUUGUACUUAUGAAUUCAAUGUAAAAAGCAUUAAAUGUUUAAAGCUA